AUGCUUUCGCUGAGCACAGUAGCAGUAUUAUUGACAGUCACUGCAGCCUUCGCAUUACCGGUUCUAUUGGAAGACCAUGACGCCGCCAGUAUUAGGGCAUCACGAACCAGGCGUCAGUUUUUCGCACCGGAUGGACAAGGCGGCAUCGGUGGUAAUAGAAGGAACCCGAUGGGUGGAACACCUCGACAGAUAGCCGGUAGGAUACAAGAAAGACAUGGAAACAGGCUUUACGACAUUCUGGUCGAUGGACAGAUUUGGACAAGACAUACAAACCAAAUACGUCCGGGCAGCGAUACACCUUCUACCACGAGCAGACCACUAGAAGAGUUCGCCGAAGUACCAUUGUUACCAUGUGCAAAGCCAUCAGACACACAAGGAGAAACGAGGACAAAACAGUCAGCGACAACCAGUCCACCAGAAUGCACACCGUCAAACAAGGCUACAGCUAUGGCGUCACCCACACCAAGGAUCAAAGAAGCCACACAACGCCGAGCCAGUUCCAGAACACAUCGAGCACCUGCACGAUUGGUGGUCAACCCUAAGAGCAAGACUUACGCCGAGCGUUCAUCUUAUGGGGGAGGUGUUGGAGAAUGA